AUGCUUCUGCGGCGGCGGGUGUUAAUUUGGAGUACCGACAACAACUCGUCUCCGUACCAUAAGCUGAACUCAAUUAAGAGAUCCGAUCGGUACCGACCGAGCCCUGAGUUGCAGCCGCUGCCGCCAUUGCCGAAACCUCCUCCUCCUUCCGCCGCUGCUUCGAAUCUCCACCCUCGUCUUCCUCCUCGUCCAGUCCCUGCUGUUGUUCGAAGGCCAGAGUACGAAAGCUCCGGAUCUCCGUCGUCCGGCGAGGAGAGCAGCAACGGCACGCCGUUCUACACGCCGGCUGGCUCUGCCAUGAGCAACAACGACGGGUUCUACACUCCGGUUUCUGGUUCUACGCGACGGCACUACAGUAGAAGCAACGACGGCACCUCGUUGAGGUUAGUUAAUGUCAGUAAUAAUGGCUCCUCUGUAUCUGUUCCUGACUCGAAGAGAACUUCUCCCAAAUGGAGGCUUUCUUCCUCUGUUUAUUCCCCCGAGAUGAAGCAUGUGAUUAUUCCUUCGACGAAUAAGCCAUAUUUGGAGCCGCCGCCUCGACGACCGCCGCCGCGAGAGGGUGAAUAUCAACACAACGAGCAGAACCAGAAGUUGCCGCGGAGAGUCUCUGCCGGCUAA